AUGCGGGCAAUCGCCAAGGUUGUUCACUCUUCCUUUCGUAGGGUCGAGCGUGCUGCUGACUGGCUCACAGGCUCUGCAGGUCCCGUGUUCAUUGCGAUCUGCAUUACCCUAGUAGUCGGUGGAGUAUGGACCUUCUUCAGCUCCAUGUUCCUCGAGAUCGCACCUAUACCCACCGAGCUCGCCAACCUCUUCCACACCUACUCUCCGGCACACAUCGCACUUGGUCUCAUCCCAACACUCUUUGAUUCGUUAACAAAGGAUUCCAUCGCGACACUACGCUUCUUUUUCUGGUUGAUACUGUGUCUCUUCACCGUUUACAGCAUAGGAUGGCACUACUAUUUGGCAUGUACCGUCCCACCAGGUUCAGUCUGCGAGGGUCUCGGCGAUGCAGUGCCUGAAAGAAGAACUGGGCCAGGAAGCAACAUCUGGUGGGCGCGGUACCGAACAAGAGCGGCAAAAGCGUCGGGCCCGAAAGUGCAUGAUCUCCACAGUGCCAAAGGCCAUGUGAUGACACACGAACCGCCUGAGGCUGCAGCUCCGGUUCGAGUAUCUUCGGUAGCAGAUCUCAAGAAAUUGAACAAGGCGUUGGAUGGGCUAGAUAGCAACAGAGCAAAAUCAGCAUCAGUGACACCGUCAAGAUCGUCAUCGGAUCGCAUGCCUCCUACAGUCAAUGCCUCGCUCGCACAAUCUCAUCAAUCUUCGUCCAGCAGCGAACGUGGCACACCACGAAUGAUACCCAAGAGCGACCUCCCACUCUCCGUUCACGAUCUCAAUCCUGUCCUUGCUUCGCCUAUGUCUUUCGAAUUGGAACCGUCCAGCAACCCUCUCUUCCCACCACGCCCACGCCCAAGUCACGACAGUGUCCGCGCUGCCAAUGUCACCGCGGCAGCAGCAGAAGAAGAAGACUUGUACACGGGCGAGAGCGAGAUCGAUGAAGACGACCAAGAUCUCUUCCCUCUUGCUGGUAUGUGUCGCAAGUGUCCCACCAUCCCACUCUCCAAAGCUCUUUCCGUGCUGCCACCUGAGCUCCGCAAGAUCGAGAAACAGAUCCGCAAGAACGCGCCUUCGCAAACUUUCAGCUCCAAGCUCUCCUCCGAGGACAUCGAUGAAGGAGAAGCAGAAGUACGAGCAUGGCUUGGCGAAAGUGCGGCAGAGAAACUCGUCGCUCCUCCGAAACCCGAGCGUGCUCACCACUGCAGGGUUUGCAAAACGUGCACGCUCAAGUUCGACCAUCAUUGCCCUUGGCUUAAUCAGUGCGUUGGGUUGGGCAACGAGCGGUACUUUGUGCUCUUCAUGUCAUGGUUGAGUUUUGGAUGCGGGAUCGUAGUCUACUCGGGUUUCGGAGUCAUGAGGAGGUCGUUGAGCUGGAGUGCCGACUGGCCGUAUCUGUACACGCCGAGAGUGCUGGUGAUGCUGCUGUUCAUUCUGGCGCUGGUGAUGGGAUUGGCGCUGUUCGUGAUGGCUGGCUGGCAGGUGAAUCUGGUUGGUAGAGGCGAGACUAGCGUCGAGUCGCAGGAUCAUGCACACUAUCGAGACUUGGCCAAGAAGCGUGGUCAAGAGUUCGUCAACGUGUACGACAUUGGUUGGCGUCGAAACCUCGAGCUCUUCUUCAAUGUUGGGCCUGGAUCACCUUACGGCUGGCACACGAUCUUGCUUCCCAUGCGAGUGCCACCCUACUCAGAUGGCUGGCAUUUCGCAAAGCGUCGCGGAUUCAGCGGCAAACAUGCAGGCAUUGACAUUCAGGAACAGCUCACCGACGAAGAGUUUGACGACGACCACUAUGACGCCGUUCCUGCAUCCCACUCCUCGGCGAAGACAGGUCAGAAGCUGGCAUCGUCUUCUUCCAAAUAA